AUGCUAUUGGAUACUAUGCAAGUGUCCACCUAUGCACGUUACCUCAAGGAUAUCCUCAACAACAAACGGCCACUACCAACAACCGAGGUGGUCAAGCUAACGGAGGAGUGCAGCAAAGCCAUACUCCACAAGCUCCCGGAAAAGAAGAAAGACCCGAGGUGUCCCACGAUCACCUGCUUGAUCGGGACACAAAAAUUCGACCAAGCCUUCUGCGACCUUGGAGCCAGCGUGAGCAUCAUGCCCAAGGAAGUCUUCGACAAGCUCAAUUUCACGGUGUUGGCACCAACACCGAUGCGCCUGCAGCUGGCCAACUCGUCGAUCCAUUACCCGGCUGGGAUAGCGGAGGAUGUGCCGGUUAAGAUACGGGAUUUCUUCAUCUCAGUUGACUUUGUGGUGCUAGACAUGGAUUCAGACAAGGAUACACCGCUCAUCUUGGGGCGUCCGUUCCUUAGCACCGCGAAGGCCAACAUUGACGUGGGAACGGGUAGUAUCCAUCUCCGUAUCAACGAGAAGGAGGAAAAGUUUGAGUUCCAGCAGAGGACCGAACAAUGA